AACAGGGGAAGCUCCUUUUUACACAAACAAUUGACGUUUCAAUCUUGCAUGUUCUCCUGACCAUGGCGUAGGUAUGAAUAUUAGGAUAGAGGGGUCUUCUCCUGAAUAUUCCCGUCGAAGAUGAAAUACGUAACUUCAUCUUCAUCUUUUCCCUUGCUAACCUGAAUCCGCUAUUUGAUUUUAUCGCGUUACUAAGUCUAUGAUGAGCUCCCUAAAGUCAGCAUUACUGUUAGCACUCGCUGCUGGGUCGGCCAGUGCACAUAGCCAUCAUCACAGCGAUGGUGCGCAGAAACCGAUAACUUCAAAUGAUUAUACUUGUCAACAUCCCGCCUAUAAAAGCCAUAUAGUAUCCAAAUCGCCAUUGGUUAUAUAUCUAGCGAAUUUCAUUACGCCAGAAGAGCGAGCUCACCUAAAGGAAGCAACCAAGGAUACAUUUUCGCACUCAGCCGUCGCCGAUGAAUCCGGUGUCCAAGGACUACGACGGACGCGAACCUCGCAAUCGACCAAUGUACCGCGCGAUGCUAUAGUACGAUGUAUCGAAGAGCGAGCGUUAUUAUUCCAAGGCUUCGACAUACCGCGGACACACCUUGAGCCAUUACAACUCGUCAAGUACGGGCGGGGUGAGCGAUACACCUUUCAUACAGAUUGGUACACGAGUACAGCGCCUGCAACUGCUGAACUUGGCGGAAACCGACUGAGCUCAUUCUUUGCGUAUAUCGAUGCCAGCGAUGAUCUUACUAGUGGUGGCACCAAUUUCCCAGUGGUGUCUGCACCACAUAAUAAUCGUUGGUGCGAAUAUGUUGACUGCGACGAGCCCUGGGAGAAUGGUGUUACGUUCAGGCCUAUUGUUGGGAAUGCAGUUUUCUGGCAGAACCUACACGAGGACGGCACAGGCGAUCAGCGGACGCUACAUGCCGGACUUCCGGUCACUAAUGGGUCUAAGAUAGGGAUGAAUAUUUGGACGAGACAAGGCCCCCUAAGUGAGGAUAUUAGGGGACCAGAUGUAUAAUUAAGAAGUAGUGAAUGGAUCUUGCUAUCGUACAUAUCAUUUAGAAAUCGAAAUCAUCGGAUUCACGGAC